AUGGAGUCAGCAUAUCUCCAAAAGCACGUUGGGAAAUGUCUAACUCUAGGUCUUGCGGAAUUGGCAAAAAGUCGCCCCACAGAUCCAAUAGAAUAUUUGGCAUUAUGGAUUUACAAAUACAAAUAUAAUCUGAUUGCGGAACAACAGAGACAAAAGGAAAUGGCUGAGUUGGAACGUGAGAGAGCAGUAGCUCUGCUGCGACAGCAAAUGAUGGAGAAGCUCAAAGCAGAGGAGCUCCUGUUUCAACAGCAACAACAGGCAUUACAGCUAGAGUUGGAAAUGCAAGAAAGGGAGAGGCAGAGAAUAAUAGAAUUACAGAGAGCUCAAGAACAGGAGAAGGCAAUGAGAAUGUAUAUGGAAAAUAUGAAGAGAGCUGAUACUUUCAGAGAGGAAGCAUCAGCAGACUCAGGCAAAACACUAGCUGAAAUCAGUGAUCGCUAUGGUGCACCUAACUUGAGCAGAGUAGAGGAACUUGAUGAACCGAUGCUCUCCGAUGAGUUCUCAGGAGCAAGCUCUGACCAGUGAGAGGGAGUGACACGUCGGGAUUCAGUCCCUCCCUUCUCACCCAUCCUCACCCACUCUUCUCACGUGCUCUGAGGGACUUAGACAGAAGUGAACCCUGUGGUUCUGCCAGAGACAAGCCUGUUGAGUUGAAAGGAGGAAAACACAAAAAUACCUCAGGCCAAGGCAAAGCACCAAGAGUUACCCUGAAGCAUCUGAGCGGAGAAGAGUGAAGAUGAAUGGACCCGUGGACGGCCUGUGUGACCGCUCUCUGAGCGAGGAAGGCGCUUUCAUGUUUACUUCAGAGUCGGUGGGAGAAGGACAUCCAG